UCCUCGCGCUCCAGUUUGCACAUUCUAGAUUGCACCAUUCUCAACAUUUUCAUCUCCAUUUCCCAACUGCUCCACUCCACCAAAUCCCUUCCUUUUUCUGUUUUGCUCCACUCCACCAUAUCUGAUUGUGUGUGUCAAGUUCGAAAUCAGUAGCAACGAUGCUGUCCCCUAACCCACUUUCUCUCAUCUGUGCUCUGCUUCUUUGCUUCCCUUUAGCUAUUCUCUUCACCCUCCACAGAACCCCCUCCGAUUACCCUCUACUUUUCCCCUUCCCCUCCCUCUAUUUCCCCAACGCCAACACCCACCGUAAAAUUACCAUUUUCCCGCUCCCUCCUCCGCCCGAUGACGACGAUUUUCUGUUCCCCCUCGCCGCCCGAGUCAACUCCACCCCAUCCCCAACUCCCAAAUUAGCCUUCAUGUUCCUCACCACAUCCCCCCUCCCUUUCGCCCCUCUUUGGGAGUUGUUCUUCAGAAACGUCCCACCCGAACGUUUCAAUAUCUACAUCCACGCCGACCCGACCCGCCAAUACAACCCGCCCUUCUCCGGCGUCUUCGCCCACCGCCUCAUCCCCUCCAAACCGUCUCACAGAUUCUCCCCCACGCUCGCCGCCGCCGCGCGCCGCCUACUCGCCCACGCCCUCCUUCACGACUCCGCUAAUUCCAUGUUUGCUCUCCUCUCUCCCUCUUGCAUUCCUCUCCAUUCAUUUCAUUUCACUUACUCGACGCUAAUUCGAUCCAACAAGAGCUUCAUCGAGGUUCUCAAAAAUGAGAUCGGCACCUACGACCGGUGGGCGGCGCGUGGUCCCGAAGUAAUGCUUCCGGUGGUUAAAUUGGCGGAUUUCCGGAUUGGGUCGCAAUUUUGGAUUCUCACGCGCAAGCACGCGAGGAUGGUGGUGAGUGAUGAGAGGGUUUGGUCAAAGUUUGACUUGCCCUGCGUGCGGUGGGACACGUGUUAUCCUGAGGAGAAUUAUUUCCCCACCUUACUCAGCAUGGGGGACCACCCAGGGCUGGUUACGGCUACACUUACACACGUGGACUGGAAGGGCCGUUUCGAUGGCCACCCUCGCACGUACGAGGCAUCCGACGUGGGCCCCGAUCUAAUACGUCGUCUGAGGAUCGCCCGGCCGAGAUACGGCGACGGUGGAAUGAGAAUUCGAACGGCCGGCGGCCGGAAUUCUUCGUCGACCGCUAAAUCUCACCCCCACCACCCGUUCUUGUUUGCGAGGAAAUUCUCCGCCGAUUCGCUCCAGCCGUUGAUGAACAUAUCCACUGACAUCAUCUUUAAAGAUUGACCAGAUGGGCCGAUGCCUUAAAUGUAAAUGUAAUUUACACA